GAGCUAAACAAGAGACAUCAGUCAAUCGUGACCUCUGUCUCAUCUCCCUAUUCUCCUCCUUCAUAAGAAACAAUAAUAUCUCAUUCCUUACAACAAAUCUUCCACAAAACAUACAUAAAUAGAAGUAUAUAUACUACAUCUAUCAAACUUCAUUCUUUUUUAAUCUUCUUAAUUUGUUAAAAAUGGUGAAGUUUGUGGAAUGUACCACUUGCCACACAACUUUACAACUCCCUCAUGGUGCUCAAUCGAUACGCUGCGCGGUCUGCCACGCAGUGAUCACUCGAACCACCUCUGGGGCUCGGAGGAGAGACCGGUUCUUAGCCUACAUGAACCACUACGUUCCGCCGUCCGUGGGCCGCAUACCACUGCCUGGUCCGACUCAGCUCCCUUCGGCUUUUGGUCGAAAGAGAGCAUUGAUUAUUGGUAUUACGUAUAAGAGAACUAAAAAUGAGCUUAAGGGAUGUAUCAACGAUGCUAGAUGUAUGAAAUACUUGCUUGUCAAUCGGUUCAAGUUCCCACAAGAGUCUGUUCUCAUGCUCACUGAAGAAGAAAGAGAUCCAUACAGAAUUCCAACUAAAUAUAACAUAAGAAUGGCAAUGCACUGGCUUAUGCAAGGUGUUCAAGCAGGGGAUUCUCUAGUGUUCCAUUAUUCUGGUCAUGGUUUACAGCAAAGGAAUUACACCGGAGAUGAGGUUGAUGGUUACGACGAAACACUUUGCCCAUCGGAUUUUCAAACACAGGGAAUGAUCGUCGAUAAUGAACUAAACGCGACACUUGUUAGGCCUCUUCCUCAUGGUGCUAAGCUUCAUGCUAUUAUAGAUUCUUGUCACAGUGGUACUAUGCUGGAUUUACCAUAUCUUUGUAGGAUGGACAGAACUGGGCGAUAUGCAUGGGAAGACCAUCGUCCUCGAUCAGGAGCAUGGAAAGGAACAAGUGGAGGAGAGGUCAUAUCCUUUAGUGGUUGUGAUGAUCAUCAAAAGUCUGCAGAUACAGACAGUUUGUCCAAAGUCAUUUCAACUGGUGCAAUGACCUUCUCUUUCAUUCAAGCUAUUGAGCGCGGACAAGGAGCUACGUAUGGGAGCAUUCUGAAUGCGAUUAGAUCUUCCAUUCGCGGUUCUGAUAGUGAUUCGGGAGGCAAAAUCGUCUCAUCUCUUCUCUCAAUGCUGAUUACCGGAGGAAGUUUCAGCAUUGGGAUGAGACAGGAGUCCCAGUUGACUUCUAAUGAGCCAUUUGAUGUGUACACCAGACAGUUUUCACUGUAACAUCUUAAACAGCAUUACCCACUUCAGGCUUUCCUAUAGUAUUGGCUGCACAGAUUCUGAUUGGAGUAUAAGUUGACAAUCUCUUUGGAUUGAGUUUUUUAACCUCUGUAAUGCAAAUUUUCCUUGAUCUACUUACGCUUCUUCUUUUUUUAAAUCAUGUUUCCCAUUCAAAUAACAAAUGUAAUUUUCUUGGUAAUAAA